AUGUCAAGCGGUGCAGAAGAAAUUAUACCCGUCAACAAGACAGAGGCGUCAUCAGACAUAUUUCAUAGGUUCCAUAAGAAACUGUCCACUUUGCUUCCUUCGCAUCUUCCUGGCAAACCUGCUUCAUUUCAGGAUUACCUGACAAGCGUCGUUAAAGAUCCCGGCAACAUAAAUGAGGAACGUACAGCCCUUUAUUUAGCUUCAGGCUGUGCAAAGACGUACAAGAACUGCAUAGUCAGGGCCUUUGUCGCAGCUUCGUUCCCCCCUCUAAAGGUUGGCAGUUUUGCAGCUGAGCAAGUUAAAUAUACCUUUGAAGGAGACGUCUUCCCACAAUUCACUCAUAUCGAAAAAAGUAACUUCAGCUGCGCCAUUUGCAUACCUUACCUCAGAUGGGCUAUAAUUAAUAGCAUACCUCACUCCAAAUGUCGAGCCCAAUCGGCAAAACCGGAUGCAAUAUUGUCGGGUACUGCGACGUUAUGUUUCUCCGGCAUGGUCCAGCUCAAAGAACAUAGCAGUUCUAGAUUGCAUUUGGAGGCCGUGGCCUUUUUCAAAGAGCCCAAGAGGAAGAGCUCCGCUGCGGUAGAAAGAAGGAAGCCAGAUUAGCGGGGAAAGAACAAAAGCGUAUUUCUGAAUAUUUUCAAAAACCUUCAGUGAAUUUAAACUAGGAAGGACCUCCGAGUUCCAACACCAAGCACACACCAGAAAUAAAGUCAAGUGCUGUCAUUUAUGGGAUUCGGAGGUCGUUAAAAAUUUUGGAAGUGAUUCACAGAUUAGAAGAACAACUGCUGAAGGCCUCUUCAAAAAAAAAGACGCAACAAUGGCGGUUUGA